AUGUUGCAGGCAUUGCUCAUGCAGGCGUCCUUCGAUGGCGACUCGAUAGUACGUGUGACCUUCGGCGGGCUGGAGCGCUACCAAAUCUACGCCAGAACCACUUCUCGUCUCGCAGAUAUGUACGACCAGCUGACGAGAGAACACCUCGCUGGCAGGCUCGGUCCUGGACUCGCGCGAGUGGCAGUUGUCUUGCCUGAGGGCUGGCUUCUGAGCAGUGUGUCGGCCGAGGAGAUGUUCGCGAGCGUGUUCGGGGCAUCCCUGCCAGGCUCACACUCCUUCAAAGAAGCCAAGUCCUCUAGCGUCGUGCUCGUAGCUCAAGAGGCCUUCCACGGCACAGAUUGA